UAUUUUUUUACAUAAAUGAAAUUAAAAGUCGUGCAAUUUUCCUCCAUAAAUUACACUUGUUAAAAUCACGACAUCAAUCAAAUCAGUUUCUCUCUCUCUCUCUCUCUCUAAAAAAAACCAGAGGAAAUCCCGAAAACCUCUCUUCUUCUACGAACCCAUUUUCAUUCCUUUGCUGUUUAUGAUUUCUUCUUCUUCUUCUUCUUCUUGAGGAUUCCUCUGUUUUGAUAGGGUAGGAGAGAGAAACGUAAAACCUCUAAAAAUCUUCCUUUCUCUCUCUAGAAAUGGUUUCAGAGAAAAGAUCAAUGAAAUCAUCCAACCUUCAAUGCUUCCUGGAUUCCACAACUCCUGUUGUUCCAUCCCAAUUUCUCUCCAAGAGUGAGAUUAGAAACCUGAAUAGGGUAUGGCAUCCAUGGGAAAGAGAGAAAGUUGAAUUCUUCACGUUGGGAGAUGUGUGGAAUUGUUUUGACGAAUGGAGUGCUUAUGGCGCCGGAGUUCCGAUCAACGUCGAUGAAAGCCAAGAUGAAACCAUCAUCCAAUACUAUGUCCCUUAUCUCUCCGCCAUUCAAAUCUUUACAACCAAUUCAUCCUUCAACCAUCAAAGGGAAGAGACAGAUUCCGAAACAAGGGAUUCAUUUAGUGAUUCAUUGAGUGAUGAGAGUGAGAGCGAAAAGGUGUCAAGAUGGGACGGAUGUUCGUCAGACGAAGGUGUUUUUGAUCAAGAAAAACCCUGCCAGCCGAACGAUCGGUUGGGUCACCUUUACUUCCAAUACUUUGAUAGAUCAACUCCUUAUGGAAGAGUUCCUCUCGUGGAUAAGGUUUGUGCGUUAUCUAAAAAGUACCCAGGAUUAAUGUCGUUAAGAAGUGUUGAUCUUUCAGCCGCUACUUGGAUGGCAGUUGCUUGGUACCCGAUAUAUCAUAUUCCUAUGGGGAGGACGAUAAAAGACUUGUCGACAUGUUUUCUGACAUACCAUACCCUGUCAUCCUCAUUUCAAGAUGUGGAUAUUGAAGAUGAAACUGGAUUCUCAAAGAGAAAGAGAGAGGAAGGAGAAGGCAUACGUCUUCCGCCGUUUGGACUAGCCACUUACAAGAUGCAAGGGGAGGUAUGGAUCUCGAGUAGGAAUAGGAAGGAUCAAGAGAAGCUAGUUUCGCUUGUGAGUGUGGCUGAUUCUUGGUUGAGACAAUUAGGGGUCCAACACCAUGAUUUUAACCACUUCAUGGGGAAUCGUCGUGGUUGAAAACCGACUACAUUUGACAUCCAAAUAGAUACGCACGAACCACAAAAGAAACGUGUUUACCCGCUAUAUGGUUUUCGUCUUUCGGUUGGGAACUGAUGUUAGGUCUAGAUGGUACUUGGUUUUGCCUGAGUUUUGAUUUUUUUUCAAUUUCUCGUCUUUCUGCCCUUCGGGCCAUCCUCAUCCUUUUGGUUUAAUUGCGAUAUGUUUUAGCUUUCUAAAACUUUUGUGUAGAGAGGGGGAUUGUGUCGCUGAGGAAUCCAAUGAAUGGGAGAGAAAAGCUUCCUAGAGGUUUUAUGUUGUCAGAGGAGAAGGAUUCGUACCCUACAUUUGUUUAGAAUCUAAAUCAGAUUGAAAACGAUCA